GAGGACUUUACUCUCGUGUUUCCGCAUCUUCAUCUCUUUUAUUCCGUUUUUUUAUUCCGUCUUUUAUUCCUUUUUUGUUCCCUUCCCUCUCCUGGAAAUCGACUUUAAGCUCGUCUGUAUUUUUAUGAACAGUCUGAGAAAAUUCACUUUAUUGAGAAGUCUUCUCUCCUGCAGGUAAGCUCUGAAAACAACAUGAUGUUUUUUAAGAUGAAUUUUCUGUUUCUCUUUUUUAAACAGUUUGAUUUCCUAAUUAUUUGUAAAUGUUCCUCUUGCACAGCUGUGUGUUUUAAUCUGAUUUUUGGCUCUUUUACAGACUUCUCUGUUCAGAUUGUUUACAGGAUUAUAAUCAAUAAUAAUCUGCAUAUAAACUGAUGUGUGUGAUCAAUAAUGAUUAUGUGCAGACAUCUGUAUUUGUGCUUCAGUCUUUGUUGUUUGACUUUUAUUGAGACUUUUGAGGAAUCUUGAAUUUACAUGAAUCGACACGAUGACUGUCUGUGUUUGAAGGAGACUCUCCACUUUCUGUUUCUCUGCUGUUAUUCUGGGGUGUCCGCUCGUUUACUGAAGGGUGACUCUGUUUUCAGUCUCUUUAUUUGGCUGAAUACAGCCCUCAGCUCCCACAGAUAGACUGUAUAUAGACUGUAUACAGACCAUAUAUAGACUGUAUACAGACCGUAUAUAGACCAUAUACAGCCCUCUGCUCUGCCGGUUAGUUGCAGUUAGAGCGUCUGGACCGGGCAGGAUCAGGAGGUUCUGGUGAUACUGAGAUGGGUCCGGAUGAUCAGUGCUGUUGUGGUUUUCCCAUUGAGUUCCAGUCUGUCAGCACUAGAUGGCGACAUCGAGCAGGAAACAUGUUUGAGGAGCUGCUGAGUGUUGAAGAAAAUUCAAGACGAGAGUCGAAUAAAAAGAUCAGAAUAAUCAGGGAGGAGGAUGUGAACCCUGAAGUCAAAGAAAGAGAGGGAGAGAGAGAGAGAGAGAGAGAGAGAGAGAGAGAGAGAGAGAGAGAGAGAGAGAGAGAGAGAGAGAGAGAGAGAGAGAGAGAGAGAGAGAGAGAGAGAGAGAGAGAGAGAGAGAGAGAGAGAGAGAGAGAGCGAGAGAGAGAGAGAGAGAGAGAGAGAGAGAGAGAGAGAGCGAGAGCAAGAGCUGCCCUGCUCUCCGUGUCACUGAGUUAUUUGUCACAAAUGUUUCCUGGCAAUAACAGUAAUGCAGUUUUUGACGACUCUGGAGCUCUCACUUUAAUUAAAGCAGCUUUACUUUGGGAGACGAGGAGGAUGAGGAGGAUGAGGAUGAAGAUGAGGAUGAAGAUGAGGAUGAGGAUGAAGAUGAGGAUGAAGAUGAGGAGGAUGAGGAUGAUGAUGAGGAGGAUGAGGAUGAAGAUGAAGAUGAAGAUGAGGAUGAAGAUGAGGAUGAGGAUGAUGAUGAGGAUGAGGAUGAAGAUGAGGAUGAAGAUGAGGAUGAUGAUGAGGAUGAAGAUGAGGAUGAUGUUGAUGAGGAUGAUGAUGAGGAUGAGGAUGAUGAUGAGGAUGAGGAGGAUGAUGAUGAGGAUGAUGAUGAGGAUGAAGAUGAGGAUGAGGAUGAUGAUGAGGAUGAUGAGGAGGAUGAAGAUGAGGAUGAAGAUGACGAUGAUGAAGAUGAGGAUGAUGAUGAGGAUGAUGAUGAUGAUGAUGAUGAUGAUGAUGAGGAUGAAGAUGAGGAUGAUGAUGAGGAUGAAGAUGAAGAUGAGGAUGAUCAAGAUGAGGAUGAGGAUGAAGAUGAGGAUGAUGAUUAGGAUGAUGAGGAGGAUGAAGAUGAGGAUGAGGAUGAAGAUGACGAUGAUGAAGAUGACGAUGAUGAUGAUGAUGAGGAUGAAGAUGAGGAUGAUGAUGAUGAUGAUGAGGAUGAGGAUGAAGAUGAGGAUGAUGAUGAGGAUGAAGAUGAGGAUGAUGAUGAGGAUGAUGAGGAGGAUGAAGAUGAGGAUGAGGAUGAAGAUGACGAUGAUGAUGAUGAAGAUGAUGAUGAGGAUGAAGAUGAGGAUUAUGAUGAGGAUGAUGAGGAUGAUGAUGAGGAUGAGGAUGAGGAUAAAGAUGAGGAUGAUGAUGAGGAUGAGGAUGAGGAGGAUGAUGAGGAUGAAGAUGAGGAUGAUGAUGAGGAUGAGGAUGAAGAUGAGGAUGAAGAUGAGGAUGAUGAUGAGGAUGAAGAUGAGGAUGAUGAUGAGGAUGAGGAUGAGGAUGAUGAUGAUGAUGAGGAUGAAGAUGAGGAUGAGGAUGAGGCGGAUGAUGAUGAUGAAGAUGAUGAUGAGGAUGAAGAUGAGGAUUAUGAUGAGGAUGAUGAGGAUGAUGAUGAGGAUGAUGAUGAGGAUGAGGAUGAAGAUGAGGAUGAUGAUGAGGAUGAAGAUGAGGAUGAUGAUGAGGAUGAUGAGGAUGAUGAUGAGGAUGAUGAGGAUGAUGAUGAGGAUGAUGAUGAGGAUGAGGAUGAUGAUGAGGAUGAAGAUGAGGAUGAGGAUGAGGAUGAAGAUAAGGAUGAAGAUGAGGAUGAUGAGGAUGAGGAUGAAGAUGAGGAUGAAGAUGAUGAUGAGGAUGAGGAUGAGGAUGAAGAUGAGGAUGAUGAUGAGGAUGAGGAUGAAGAUGAGGAUGAAGAUGAGGAUGAUGAUGAGGAUGAAGAUGAGGAUGAUGUUGAUGAGGAUGAUGAUGAGGAUGAGGAUGAUGAUGAGGAUGAGGAGGAUGAUGAUGAGGAUGAUGAUGAGGAUGAAGAUGAGGAUGAGGAUGAGGAUGAUGAUGAGGAUGAGGAUGAGGAUGAUGAUGAGGAUGAAGAUGAGGAUGAGGAUGAGGAGGAUGAUGAGGAUGAAGAUGAGGAUGAGGAUGAUGAUGAGGAUGAUGAUGAGGAGCAGAGAGAGAGAGGGACUUCAUGAAUUUAGGUCAAAUAUCAGACAAACAGAGACUCGGAUCUGAGUCUGGAUCCCUGGAGUCCAGGAUGAAUGGAUGACCUUCAUGCAUGAGUAAACUGAGUAGAUGGAUGAACACAUGAGGUCUGCAGACACUGCAGGCAGGUUCAUGUGGUCCUGAAGGUCCAUGAAGGGGGUGAACAGAAGAUCGAUGAAGGAUGACUGCUGCUGAAUCUGAUCACAAUUAUUAUCAAUAUUCAAUAAUUAUUCAAGACUAUGAACCAGAAUUACACAACCCAGUCACAGCUACACAACUACAAAACUACAAAACUCAUAAAACUACAAAACAACAAAACUCAUAAAACUACAAAAAUACAAAACUCAUAAAACUACAAAACUAAAAAAAAACUACAAAAAAACUACAAAAACUACAAAACUACAAAACUCAUAAAACUACAAAACUAAAAAACUACAAAACUACAAAAAACUACAAAACUACAAACUACAGAACUCAUAAAAACUUAAAAACUCCUCUCUCCUCCUCCUCUCCUCUCUCCUCCUCCUCGCUCUCUCAGGUAGUCGAUGAUGUUUGCUCUCACACUGUUUGUCAUUCCUCCGACACGUUAAAUCAGACUUUUCAUUUCCUUUCCCAUUUCUCUCCUUUUCAUAUUCAUGCUCCUGCGUCUCCUCCGUCUCCUUCUCUUCUUCUUCUUCUUCUUCUCCUCCUUCUGUGGGGAAAAAUUGCAGCCCGCGGCCGUCAGUGUUUGCAGAAGAAAAAUGACUCUGGGAGGAAAAUAGAUAUUUUACUGAGAAUGGUCUGAUGAGGAAUCCAAAGUGGGCUGUGAUUGGUUUUUACCUCCUUUGUACCGUCAGCUGUGAGAAAGUUUGGAUCAGAACUUUUCUCUCGGCUCGAUGUCACACCGACCCGUCCUCAGAGCGGGCCGAUGUGGUCAAAGAUUGAUCUGAUCGGUCAAAGAUUGAUCUGAUGUGGUCAAAGAUUGAUCUGAUCGGUCAAAGAUUGAUCUCUGCAGACGUCUGUGUUUCUGGUCUGCUGAACCUUUUCAUGGGGGAAUCCUGCACAUGUUCACGGAUCAAUACGUCUGAUCGGUGUUGAUAAACGGAGGAGCGCCGCCUGUUCAAGAACAACAUCGGAGUUCAGCGCCUGGAGCGGCGUGUCUGACGUGUCUUUGUCUUUUAUUGGUGCUUCAGUGAAGCAGACAGCAGCAGGUUAUUCUUCAAAGUUUAGAUCAAAUCAGCAGAACCAGAACUGGACCAGAACUGGACCAGAACUGGACCAGAACUGGACCAGAUCUGGACCAGAUCUGUUCUGGUCUGAGCAUGUGCAGAGGCGUGAGACGUCACCAUGAAAGUGUCUGUAGACCGUAAACAAAGUUCAGAGGAAGAACAGACUGACUUUGUGUUUGUGAAGAAACGAAGAACUGAGAGACUGAGUGAGGAGAUUUAAGCUCCGCCCCCUCUCUCAGGACCAGGUGAUGGCGAACGGCUGUGAUGAGAUUCAAACCGCUCGAAAGGAAAGAAACCAUUAAGGCCAGCAGCCGACGGCUGUUUGAGUUUUAUUCAACCUGCAACAAAGACAGACGAAGAGACGAAGAAAGGAGGAGGAGGAAGAGAGGAGGAGAGGAGGAGGAGAGGAGGAAGAGAGGAGGAAGAGAGGAGGAAGAGAGGAAGAAAGGAGGAGGAGAGGAGGAAGAGAGGAGGAAGAGAGGAAGAAAAGGUGAAAGAGAGGAGAGGAGGAGCUGCAGAGAGGACCUAAGAGUGCUGAUGGAGGAGGAGGAGGGUGACCACUAAAGAACAUCAUGAAUGAUCUCCUCAGGGGAAAUGGACGAGCGACAUACACUAAACAAGGGGGGAGAGAGGGAGAGAGAGAGAGAGAGAGAGAGAGAGAGACAGAGAGAGAGAGGGAGAGAGAGAGAGAGGGAGGGAGAGAGAGAGAGAGAGAGAGAGAGAGAGAGAGAGAGAGAGAGAGUGAGAGAGAGGGAGAGAGAGAAAGAGAGAGAGAGAGAGAAGAGACAGAGAGAGAAAGAGAGAGAAGAGAGAGAGACAAAAAGAGAGAGAGAGAGAGGGAGGGAGAGAGAGAGAGAGAGAGAGAGAGAGACAGAGAGAGAGAGAGAGAGAGAGACAGAGAGAGAGAGAGAGUGAACUCUGCAGCAGUUUGAUUCAUUCAGGUGUGAACAGGUGAAAAAACUUUAUAGAAAAAGUUUAUAGAAAAAUUUAAGUUCUGAUGGCGAGGAGGACGAUAUAUAUUAUAUUUAUACAUAUAUAUAUAAUAUACCUAUAUAUGUAUAUUAUAUAUAUAUGUAUAUAUAUAUAUAUAUAUACAUAUAUAUAUAAUAUAUAUGUAUAUUAUAUAUAUAUAAUAUACGUAUAUAUACAUAUAUAUAUACAUAUAUAUAUACCGUAUAAUGUAUAUAUAUAUAUAUAUAUAUAUACAUGUAUAUACAUACACACACAUAUUCUGGAUCUAAUGAUUUAUAAACUAAAUCAGAAAAUAAUCUUUUUCUUCCUGUGAGGAAAUGACUUUAAAACUAAAUUUCCUUUCCUGAAUGUUAAAGUUCCUCCUGUGGUCCUGAUCCUCCAUCAUAAGGUCUAAUAUGUGGACCUGCAGAGGUCCAGGUGGUCUCUGGAGAAUCAUGGAUCUGUGGAGUUUAUGGUUGGACAGCUGUCGGUCUCACAGAGCGAGUGGAUUUGAUGUUAAUGUUGGAAACACGAUGAUAUCAGGUUGUUGGUUUCGAUCGCUCUCGUUUUGAUUCGACUCCCUGACAGGAAAAGGUCAGUGAAGUUCGGUUCUGAACGAGCUCUGAUCUGGACCUGGUUCCUGGUUCUCAUCUGUUGUUGCGUAAACAGAAUAUUUGAUGAUCUUGUUCUGUGAACAGUUUUAAAAAAGGCGGAAACUUGAAAUGAAGUCGUUAUGAAACCGGUGCUGAAGCAAAUCUGCUGCAGGAACCUCUGAGGAACUCUGCAGGUCCUCCAUGAAACCCUGGCACCUUCAUUGACCCCCUAAAGGUCCAGAUCACAGAAGCACAUGUUUCAGGUGUUUGGUCCCAGGUGAACUUUCCUGACUGUAAAUGUUGUUGUAGAGUCUGAGCUGUAGAGCAGAAGAGAGUGAAGCAGCAGCAGCUCGUCUUAAAUCACCUUUAAUGAGUUUCUCUGAGUUUAUUUGUCUGUCAGCUGUCGGAGCUCAGACUCAAACCACCAACCCCUGAUCCUGCUGCUGCUGCUGCUGCUGCUGCUGCUGCUGCUGCGCUCGGCUGGACUCCCUUUAAUCCUCCUCCCUCAUGUUCUCAGCUCUCAGAACCCGUUAGCUUAACGCCGACAACGUCAUCUGAGGAGGAAGAGGAAGGAAACGCUCAGGCGGCGAGUGUUUUCUGUCUUCAUGCCACAGGCUCGUCUCAGUGCAGAGGGUGAGCAGAGUCUCAUGGACAGUCCUCAUCAUCAUCAUCAUCAUCAUCAUCAUCAUCAUCAUCAUCACUUCUCAUGAGGACAUAAUAAUGAGGAGGAGGAGGAGGACUGUCUGUCUGCAGGCUCUCAUGUUCACUGAAAUCCAAACCUCUGACUUCAUGACCGGCUGUUUUCAAUCUCAUCACCUUCAUCACCUUCAUCACCUUCAUCAUCCUCAUCACCUUCAUCACCUUCAUCACCUUCAUCACCUUCAUCACCCUCAUCACCUUCAUCACCUUCAUCAUCCUCAUCACCUUCAUCACCUUCAUCACCUUCAUCACCCUCAUCACCCUCAUCACCUUCAUCACCCUCAUCACCUUCAUCAUCCUCGUCAUCUUCAUCAUCCUCAUAACCCUCAUCGCCUUCAUCAUCCUUGUCACCUUCAUCACCUUCAUCAUCCUCGUCACCUUCAUCACCUUCAUCAUCCUUCACCUUCAUCAUCCUCAUCACCCUCAUCACCUUCAUCAUCCUCAUCACCUUCAUCACCCUCAUCACCUUCAUCACCUUCAUCACCUUCAUCACCUUCAUCACCCUCAUCACCUUCAUCAUCCUCGUCACCUUCAUCACCCUCAUCACCCUCAUCACCUUCAUCACCUUCAUCAUCCUUCACCUUCAUCAUCCUCGUCACCUUCAUCACCUUCGUCACCCUCAUCGCCUCAUCACCUUCAUCACCUUCGUCACCCUCAUCGCCUCAUCACCUUCAUCACCUUCAUCAUCCUUCACCUUCAUCAUCCUCGUCACCUUCAUCACCUUCGUCACCCUCAUCACCUUCUUCACCUUUCGUCACCUUCAUCAUCCUCGUCACCUUCAUCACCCUCAUCACCUUCAUCAUCCUCGUCACCUUCAUCACCUUCAUCACCUUCAUCAUCCUCGUCACCUUCAUCAUCCUCGUCACCUUCAUCACCUUCGUCACCCUCAUUGCCUUAUCACCUUCAUCACCUUCGUCACCCUCAUCACCUUCAUCACCUUCGUCACCCUCAUCGCCUCAUCACCUUCAUCACCCUCAUCACCUUCAUCACCCUCGUCACCUUCAUCACCUUCAUCACCCUCAUCACCUUCGUCACCUUCAUCAUCCUCGUCACCCUCAUCACCUUCGUCACCCUCAUCACCCUCAUCACCUUCUUCACCUUCGUCACCUUCAUCAUCCUCGUCACCCUCAUCGCCCUCAUCACCUUCAUCAUCCUCGUCACCUUCAUCACUUUCAUCACCCUCAUCACCCUCAUCACCCUCAUCACCCUCAGGUUCUCAGCCUCGCUCUCGCUCUGACCUUCAGUCUGAUGAAGGUCGGUCGCCGGUUGCUGCGGCGCUCUCCUUCAUGUUCUCUGAUGUGAAUGCCAAAGCUGAUAUCUGAGGGAACGUUGGAGAUAAAUCUGCUUCCUCAGACUUUAAUGUUGGCGGAGCUGCUGCUCCAACAACAUACUAAUGAUGAGUGACGGUCCUCAGAGGAUCAGGACUCUGCAGGAUCUGGACCUGUUUAAUCGGGAGAGGAGGUUCUGCUCGCCUUAAAGGGACAGAGAGGAUUCUGAAACACGUUCAACACGUUUUUCUUCAGUUUAUCAGACAAGAAUUACAAAUGAACCUGUUUCAAUAAUCAAUAAAGCCUCUUUAGUUUGACUUUACCCCCAAAUUCAUGGUUUUCAUGCAGGUCCAGGUCCAAAAUUAAAUCAAGGCAUUAAAGUGAGAAAAUACCCUGAAGCGUAAAAUAACAAUCACACCUGGGCUAACAGAGUCGUCUGACUCCAAAGAAAGAAAUUAUUUUAGUCUAAAAAAUUAAAAACAAUCCAUUUAAGUGCAGAUGUGUUUAAAACCGGAGCCCAAGUUUGGAUCUAAGUCAGUAUGUGAGCAUGUUUAAAUAAUCCGUCCAUCACUGUCCGAAUCAUAAAUAAUCAUGUUAAUCUGAUUUAAUCCGGAUUUAAAGACAACAAAAACAUGUUAAUCUGAUUUAAACUGGAUUAAAAAACAGCAAAAACAUGUUAAUCUGAUUUAAUCCGAAUUUAAAAACAACAAAAACAUGUUAAUCUGAUUUAAUCCGAAUUUAAAAACAACAAAAACAUGUUAAUCUGAUUUAAACUGGAUUAAAAAACAACAAAAACAUGUUAAUCUGAUUUAAUCCGAAUUUAAAAACAACAAAAACAUGUUAAUCUGAUUUAAUCCAAAUUUAAAAACAACAAAAACAUGUUAAUCUGAUUUAAACUGGAUUAAAAAACAACAAAAACAUGUUAAUCUGAUUCAAACUGGAUUAAAAAACAACAAAAACAUGUUAAUCUGAUUUAAACCGAAUUUAAAAACAACAAAAACAUGUUAAUCUGAUUUAAACUGGAUUAAAAAACAACAAAAACAUGUUAAUCUGAUUUAAACCGAAUUUAAAAACAACAAAAACAUGUUAUUCUGAUUUAAACUGACUUAAAAAAACAACAAAAACAUGUUAAUCUGAUUCAAACUGGAUUAAAAAACAACAAAAACAUGUUAAUCUGAUUUAAACCGAAUUUAAAAACAACAAAAACAUGUUAAUCUGAUUUAAACUGGAUUAAAAAACAACAAAAACAUGUUAAUCUGAUUUAAACCGAAUUUAAAAACAACAAAAACAUGUUAUUCUGAUUUAAACUGACUUAAAAAAACAACAAAAACAUGUUAAUCUGAUUUAAACCGAAUUUAAAAACAACAAAAACAUGUUAAUCUGAUUAAAACUGGAUUAAAAAACAACAAAAACAUGUUAAUCUGAUUUAAACUGGAUUAAAAAACAACAAAAACAUGUUAAUCUGAGUUAAACUGGAUUAAAAAACAACAAAAACAUGUUAAUCUGAUUUAAACCGAAUUUAAAAACAACAAAAACAUGUUAAUCUGAUUUAAACUGGAUUAAAAAACAACAAAAACAUGUUAAUCUGAUUUAAACUGGAUUAAAAAACAACAAAAACAUGUUAAUCUGAUUUAAACCGAAUUUAAAAACAACAAAAACAUGUUAAUCUGAUUUAAACCGAAUUUAAAAACAACAAAAACAUGUUAAUCUGAGUUAAACUGGAUUAAAAAACAACAAAAACAUGUUAAUCUGAUUUAAACCGAAUUUAAAAACAACAAAAAAAUGUUAAUCUGAUUUAAACUGGAUUAAAAAACAACAAAAACAUGUUAAUCUGAUUUAAACCAAAUUUAAAAACAACAAAAACAUGUUAAUCUGAUUUAAACCGAAUUUAAAAACAACAAAAACAUGUUAAUCUGAUUUAAACUGGAUUAAAAAACAACAAAAACAUGUUAAUCUGAUUUAAUCCAAAUUUAAAAACAAUAAAAACAUGUUAAUCUGAUUUAAACCUGACUUAAAAACAACAAAAACAUGUUAAUCUGAUUUAAACUGAAUUUAAAAACAACAAAAACAUGUUAAUCUGAGUUAAACUGGACUUUUAAAUCUGUGUGUCAUCUGUAAACCUCAUUAUUGGUAACAGACUGAACUAUCCUGACUGAAACUGACUCUCAGAUUUGAAGUGAUGAGCACACUGAGGGCUGAUGCUGUUACCUGUCUACACAGGUGGGUCAGGGUCUCCUUCACCAUGGCCUUUACCGGUGAUGGACUCUGAUCCAGACUCUGAUCACCGGGGUCAGCCUGGGUCUGGUCGGCGGGCUCCAGUCUGUGUCCUCGGGUUGGAAACUCACCGUUUGGUGACGUUGAUAAUGAUAUCUGUUAAACCUGACAUGAUAAUAAAAUGUGACGGGCCUCUUCUUAUCCGAUGAUCUCAUCAAACUUCAGCAGGUGUGAAAACCUGGACCUGGAUCUGUCUCACAGGUUUUCUGAUGUUUGACCCUCAGAUCUAAGAACCUGGACCUGCUGGACCUCCCCCCCAGUUUAGAGUCCAAAGAUCAGAUUUAUUGAAGCAUGCCUCUGGAGAAGCUGAUCCAGUUUUGAUGGAGGUUCUGGAUCCAGAUCUGAUGAUUUAAAAACUUUAUUCUGUUCAGAGGAAACUUCUCCUCCUCCUGCUCUCAGCUCCAACGUGCUGAUUAACCCUUUUAGAGAUGAAUCCAGAGAAGCUUUAAAAUCAUCUGGAUUUUUCUGUCUUUGUUAGCGUCUCCUCGCUCUGACACAAACAGCUCUAUAGAUCUGGAUCAGUUUUUGUCGUCGUCUUUAUAAUAAAGAUAGAUAAUAAAAGAUCUAUUGUUCCUCCUGCCAUUCAGAUCCAGCUUCUGUGUAUGAAAUUCAAUAGUUCUGACCUUAAUAUAUGUUCCCAGUGAGCUCUUUAUGAACGCAUACAACGCUGCAGCCGAGCCGUUCUUCAGACGAACAAAAGAACCUGCAGCCUGUAUGAAGACAACAGGAGAAAACACUAUAUUAUAUUAUGUUAUAUUAUAUUAUGAUGUUUUACAUUAUAUUGUAUUAUAUUAUAUUAUAUUAUAUUAUAAUGUUUUAUAUUAUAUUAUAUUAUAUUAUAAUGUUUUACAUUAUAUUAUAUUAUAUUAUAUUAUUAUGUUUUACAUUAUAUUAUAUUAUAUCAUAUUAUAUUAUAUUAUAUUAUAUUAUAUUAUAUUAUAAUGUUUUACAUUAUAUUAUAUUAUAUUAUAUUAUUAUGUUUUACAUUAUAUUGUAUUAUAUUAUAUUAUAUUAUAUUAUAUUAUAUUAUAAUGUUUUACAUUAUAUUGUAUCAUAUUAUAUUAUAUUAUAUUAUAUUAUUAUGUUUUACAUUAUAUUAUAUUAUAUUAUAUUAUAUUAUGUUAAAUUCUAGUCUGUUCUAUUAAAUUAAAUUAAAUUACAUGUAUUUUUAGUUAUAUACUCAUAUAGACUUGAUAACCGGAUGUGAUCCCUCUUGUCUGACUGUUUCAUGUUGUUUAUAACUCGGCUCUGUCGUGUUCAGAUCUCAGGGUCGGGGGUCGGGGGUCGGGGGUCAGAGUUGAGUUUUCUUCUGUGUGAAAAUCACUUUGUGUUACAGCAUCAUAUGACACAUGUGAUACAAUCAAAGAUUGAUAAUUGAUCAAUAGUGCACGCUCUCUGACCUGUGCACACUCAGAGCUGCCUGGUCUGUUGGGGGGCUCUGUUCCUCCCCCGUUCCUCCCUCGUUCCUCCCUCGUUCCUCCCCCGUUCCUCCCUCGUUCCUCCCUCGUUCCUCCCCCGGUCUCCUUCUCCUUUACAGCUCUGACAUCUUUCGUUUUUACGUGUCUCUUUAAAACUCUCUGAGGAUUUAAUGUUUCUGAGGAGAAACUCUGUGUCCUUCAUGAUUUUAAGACUUUUUUAUCACUUUCUUCAAACUCACUCUGAGGGGAACACCAGCCCACCACAGCUGAGCCUCAGGUUCUGAUCCGGAAGCUCAUGAACUCCAUCCACCUUAUUAUGAAACUUUAACAUUUUUCACCUGAAACAGGACUGGUUCUGUUCUGCUCAGGAUGAGCUUCAGCUGUCCGACCCGGUUCUGUUCUGUUCAGGAUGAGCUUCAGCUGUCAGAACCACCUCCCAUCAGUACCGUCCCAGUUUCCCAGUAAAGUCCGUCUUCGCUCUCGUUCACGCUCACAUUAAUCAUCAUUGACAGAAACACGUUCACUGUAGCUCCACUAGGUGGCGCUGUGCCCCUCUUUUCUGUCUGUCUGUGGAACGACCUCCAACGUCUCAAAUAACCGCCAAGCGUGACGGCGAAGGAGAGUCAAACCGUAACAACGCGUCACAUCGGUAUCACACAGCUUCGUCUUUUUACCGCCAAGGUUUUGGUCACCUGACCUCAUCUCAACACCUUAAUGCAGUUCAGGUUCAGGGUCAAAGGUCAGUGUACAAACUCUGGAGCAUGCUCAGUCCUCUUCAGCGAGUUCUGACCUCGUGGUUCUGGUUCUGUUCGUCUUUAAAGAUCUGGUUUAAGGUCAGGAGGUCGUUUCAGAAAUCUAAAGCAGCUGAUUGGUCACUCAGUCAGGCGUUCAAAUGGUUAAAGUCUGAGCGCAGGUGGGCGGAGCCUACGGAGUCCCACCUCUGUUUGGACUCGGAUUGAAUAAAGACGUCAGGUUCUGGUUCUGGUUCUGGUUCAGUGUUCUUACCAGCAGGUGGCGCUGUUUUUAUUUCACAACGUGUGUGUGUGUGUGUGUGUGUGUGUGUGUGUGUUUAUGUGUGUGUGUGUGUGUGUUUGACAGUUUGACUGACUGUGUGUGUGUGUGUGUGUGUGUGUGUGUGUGUGUCACGCUCCGGAACCGCCGGCCCACAUCAAUCAGGUCCGUGUUAGUCCACAGA